AAUCGCAUACUUUUGUUUCGUCAAAAAAGGAGAAAGCCCAACAGUUCCCACAUUUUGUUCUGUUCGUCAGCGAACACAAGUUAGUUUGUGGAUAAUAAUGUUGAUAACGGUCAGGGAUGCUUCCUUUUCUUCUCCACUCUGUUCUUGGCACCGUCGUUUCAGCACAAAACUCAAAUAUUCAAUUUUCCGAGCGAGUUUUUCUGUCCAGAGGACACCCAACACUACCCUCACAUGGAAUCCCAGGCAUGUCUCCACCUGCUAUGAUGCAUCGAAUUUCGAUCCCUUGGGUAUUAACCCGGAUUUAUCUUCCCGGUUAAAUUCUACUUGGGAGAAUGUAGUCUCCUUGUUUUCGCAAACUUUUGAGAGUGCUUCAAGUACAGACAAGGAAAAGCCUAAUUCUUCACGAGGAAUAGCAGCUGCUAUAGAGGAUAGUUCAAUUGAUUUUGGAGAUUUCUUUAAAGGUCCAUUGCCAGGAAAGUUUCUCAAGCUUUUAGGGUUUCUUGCCUUGUCACGUCUUGGUGUGUAUAUUCCUCUAGGUGGGGUUAAUAGGGAGGCUUUUGUUGGAAAUUUAGAUCAGAAUAGUUUGUUAAGCACUCUGGACUCGUUUUCUGGAGGCGGUAUUGGUAGGCUUGGGAUAUGUUCCCUUGGUAUUGUUCCCUUCAUCAAUGCACAAAUUGUUUUCCAGCUUCUUGCACAGGUAUAUCCAAAGUUGCAAGAUCUUCAGAAAAGAGAAGGUGAGGCUGGAAGAAAGAAAGUUCUUCAAUACACUCGAUAUGCCUCAGUUGGAUUUGCAAUUGUACAGGCAAUUGGCCAAGUCCUCUUUUUACGUCCUUAUGUGAAUGACUUUAGUACCGAGUGGGUUCUUUCAUCUAUUAUCUUGUUGACUCUUGGCUCUGUGUUUACAACAUACAUCGGUGAACGAAUCACAGACCUAAAACUCGGCAAUGGCACCUCUCUUUUGAUAUUUACAAACAUUAUCUCUUACUUGCCAGCUUCUUUUGGUCGAACAAUUGCACAGGCAUUUAACGAUGCUAAUUAUAUUGGACUUGCUACCAUCAUUGUGUCCUUCUUUUUGUUGGUAGUUGGUAUUGUCUAUGUUCAGGAAGCAGAGAGAAAAAUUCCUCUUAACUAUGCUUCAAGAUUCACUAGCAAAACCAGAGGACUUGAAAAAUCUGCCUACUUACCCUUUAAGGUAAAUAGUUCUGGGGUAAUGCCCAUCAUAUUCUCUACAUCAUCAUUAGCUCUUCCCGGUACUUUAGCACGCUUCACUGGUUUGAAUGCAUUGAAGCAAACUGCAGUAGCUUUGAACCCAGGGGGCUCCUUCUAUGUUCUAUUUAACAUACUUUUGAUUGCCUUCUUCAAUUACUAUUACACCUUCCUACAAUUGGAUCCUGAUGAUGUGAGUGAGCAAUUGAAACGACAAGGUGCUUCAAUUCCACUUGUCAGACCUGGCAGAAGUACAGCUGCAUUUAUCAAAACAGUUCUUAGUCGAAUAUCAGUUCUGGGUUCAACGUUUCUGGCUAUUUUGGCUGCUGGUCCAGCAGUUGUUGAGCAGACAACGCACUUGACUGCAUUCAGGGGAUUUGCAGGAACGUCGAUUCUUAUUCUUGUUGGUUGCGCAACAGAUACGGCUAGAAAAGUUCAAGCUGAGAUCAUAUCUCAGAAGUACAAGAACAUAGAAUUCUAUGAUUUCGACAAGUACUGACCAUGAGAGGAUUUUGGUUGUUUAUCCAAUCUAAGCAGAAAUUGUUUUACUUUUUGGCUGGUCAAAAUGUAGCUUCAGAAUACAUAUAGAGGUUGUUUACAAUGGGGAAUGCAUAAAAUGGUCUUGAUGCUCUUUUAACAAAAGGGAGAUGAAUUUACCAUGUUUACCUACUCUAUUGGAAGCAUCUAAUACCCUCCUUGGGAAGUCAAGGUGAAUGAAGUAUGUUGUAAUUUAUCAAUGUAGAUCCGAGGGUAUAUCAAAAUAUCAAAUAUUUCUUAUC